UAACCAAAUUGACACGUCAUUAACCCAUUCCCAAUUAAGAGAUUCCACCUUAAACAAAUUUAACAUCCAUCAGACAUCAAUUAACAAUUCACAAAAAAGAAGAAGAGACCACCACUGCCCCAUUAAAAUCACUGCUUCAAUUUUUUCACUCACAAAUGCAAAAUCUCUGAUGCAUCAACGUGCAGUAUUAUCCAGUUAUCGGGUACUCAAAAUUGCUUCAAUUUUUUCACCAAAAAGCAAAUUUUGUAACCCUAGAAAUAAUGGGUUCACUGUAUUUCGUGCAUUUAUGUAUACUUCCGCACACUUUAAUAAUAGAAGAGCGCCUGACCCGAAUGAUCCAUCCACUUUGAUGAAAGAAGACAGUAUAUCACUUUGUUGUAAAAUGUGGAUUGAUAGUUUUCGAGAACGCAAUAAGACAGUUAGCAAUUUAACUGAUUAUUUAAGGAGAUUUGAGUUAUGGGUAUUGGCAUAUCAAAAGGUAUCAGCUGAUGAUACUGGGGCGUAUAUGCCAAGGAGCGCGAUUACGCGUUCAGCACUUGAGGAUUUAUUGGCAUUGAGAAAUGCAGUUCUUGAUAGUAGGUUUAAAUGGGGUGCUAGGUUGGAGUUUUUUAUUAAGUCUCCGAGGGAUAAGAUGGAUUACGAGUCGUUGUCUAAGAGGAAGAUUAAAGCUAUAUUGACUACAACGCAGCCUAGUCCGUUUCAGGAUAGGAUAGUGCAGGAGGUUUUGUUUAUGAUAUUGGAGCCGAUUUAUGAGGCUAGGUUUUCGGAGAAGUCAUUUGCUUUUCGACCUGGUAGGACUGCGCAUACAGCUUUGAGGGUUAUUAGGAGAAGUUUUGCGGGGUAUUUGUGGUAUAUAAAAGGGGAUUUAAGUACAGUUUUGGAUGGGAUGAAGGUUGGGAUGGUUAUUAGUGCUUUAAUGAGGGAUGUUAGAGAUAAGAAGGUGGUUGAUUUGAUAAAGGCUGCGUUAACUACUCCUGUGAUAACUACUAGGCCUGAGGAUGUUGAGAAAAAGAAGAAGACGAAAAGAAAGUAUCAGAAGAAGAGAGUUCUAGCAGAUGAUGAGCCGAAGCCUGAUCCGUUCUGGCUGGAAUCAUUCUUUGGGUUUGCUCCAGAGGAGGCUGAGAAAGUUCCUUCAUGGGGGCAUUGUGGUAUACUCAGUCCACUUCUGGCUAAUGUUUGCCUUGAUGAGUUGGACCGCUGGAUGGAAGGUAAGAUUCAGGAGUUUUACCGGCCUUCGAAGAAUGAUGUCAUUUGGAAUAGUCCAGAAGGGGAAAUAGAACAAGGAAAUACUUCUUGGCCCGAAUUUGUUCCUACCAGUGGGCCUGACAAGACCAGGAAGAUUGACUACAUCCGGUUUGGUGGUCACAUUCUAAUAGGGGUAAGGGGACCAAGAGCAGAUGCCGCAACACUGAGAAAGCAGUUGAUUGAGUUCUGUGAUCAGAAAUACAUGCUCAAGCUUGACAAUGAGAGCCUUCCUAUUGAACACAUAACAAAAGGUAUUAUGUUUCUUGAUCAUGUAUUGUGCCGUAGAGUAGUCUAUCCUACACUACGAUAUACUGCUACUGGUGGGAAAAUCAUUAGUGAAAAGGGUGUAGGGACACUGUUGUCUGUCACAGCUAGCCUGAAACAGUGCAUUAGACAAUUUAGAAAGUUGAACUUUCUCAAGGGAGACAGGGAUCCAGAUCCACAACCGUGUUUUAGAAUGUUUCAUGCCACUCAAGCGCAUACAAAUGCUCAGAUGAAUAAGCUUUUGUCAACAAUGGUGGAAUGGUUCAGGUAUGCUGAUAAUAGAAAAAAGAUUGUUAAUUUUUGCUCGUAUAUCAUUAGGGGUUCACUUGCUAAGCUCUAUGCUGCAAAAUACAAGCUUCGAUCACGAGCGAAGGUUUACAAGAUUGGUUCUAGGACUCUUAGUCGUCCUCUGAAGGAGAAAAAGGGACAGUCACCAGAAUACCACAAUUUGCUGAGGAUGGGUCUGGUGGAAUCAAUUGAUGGGCUCAUGUACACCCGCAUGUCCCUGGUACCGGAAACGGAUUAUACACCCUUUCCAAUGGCUUGGAGGCCUGAUCAUGAGAAGGCACUGCUGGAGUAUAUAAAGCUGAGCGACCGGAAAACUUUGGAGGAGCAACAGAACUACCUAAAAGAACAAGGUCUGGUCUCACCUCAGGAUUAUAUUUCAGUGCUUGUUUGGAACUACAAAAGAAAUGCGGUUCCAGUAGAUCAGAGAAGUUUGUUACUAGGCCCAGGUAAGGAAAAAGAUGAUGAAAGAAAUGAAAGUAGUGAUGAUGAAGAAGGGGUUCAUGCAGCAGAAAUUUAAGCAAGAUCACUACUUUUUGAAGUCUUGCGGGCACUACUUCUUGCUAAAGAAACGCAAACAUUUUAUGGUACUAAACGUACUUGUGUUACCAAGAAGGGUGUAACAGCUUCUGUGUAAGAACCCCUUUUUCAGUGGCAGCCUGAUCACGAGAAAGGAUUGUUAGAACAUAUAAAGCUGUAUGACUGAAAAACAUUGGAGCAACAGAACUACCUCAGGAUUACAUUUCAAUGCUUGUUUGGAACUACAAAAGAAUUGCUAUUCCAGUUGAUCAGAAAAGUUUGUAACUAGGCACGGGUCGGGAGAAAGAUGAUGAAAGUGAUGAAGAUGAUGAAGAAGUGGUUUAUGCAGCAGAAGUUUAAGCGAGAUUAGUGCUUCUGGAGGUCCUUUAGGCUUUUAUUCUUCUGAACGAAAAUCAUAUUUAACAUUUUAUAAUGCUCAAGUUACUUGUAUUGCCAAGAAGAGUGUAGCAUCUUGUAUGGAUAGGGUCUGUGUACGCACGGCCCUCCAGAGACCCCACUUAUGGGACUGUAGUUGUUGUCUAGCAAUAUUGGCACCAAGGCUAAUAACUGCUUCACCAUCUUCUGUGAAUAAAAUAGGAUUCAAUGCAUAAGUUGUUAGAAGGCGUGCCAUUGCUCUGACAUGUGCUCAAACAAACCAUUUCGGAGAGAUAAAAGGGUAAAAGUUGUCAAGACUGAACUUUGUGGUUGGGGGGUAGUAGCAGCUGAAUCCAUAAACAAAGGUGAUUUCAUAAUUGAGUACAUUGGCGAAGUUAUUGAUGAUGCCUUGGGUGAAAAAAGGCUAUGGGACAUGAAAUACAAGGGAGACAAAAACUUCUACAUGUGUGAACUACGGAAAGAUUUCACAAUUGAUGCAACUUUCAAGGGAAACUUGUCCCGUUUUCUCAACCACAGCUGUGAUCCUAAUUGCAAAUUGGAAAAAUGAUUCGUGCAGUUUGGACCAGAAGUGAAGUGCCAAUGUGGAGCAUCGAACAGUCAAGGAUAUCUCGGCAGCAAAAAGAAAAUCACAAGUAAACUCGACAUCUCCUGGGGUUUGAAACGCAAGAGAACAUCUAAGUCUUGCCUAGCGAUCAUCAAAUCGAAUUCAUGUUAGCCUAUUUUUUUUAAUUCGAUCAUUUUAUCUAUCGCUUUUUUCUACGAAAUUCAAUAAACCAAAAGAAAGCCAUUGCAGAAAAGAGAAGAAAAAAGGAACAGAAAGACUAGUUUUAUAAGCAUUGUUACAUUGAUUUAUACUGGCAAUAUGCCCUUGUUGAGCAUAGUUAUUUCACUUUCAUUGUGAAAUAUAACAGGAUUUUAACAUUAUAAAGAUCACAUCUUUUCAUUU